UAAAUUUUCAUUGGCGCUAGUAGCAUUGUUAGCAACAUUAGAAGUAUUCUCGUCCUGGUUUUCAAUACCACCAGCUUCAUUAGUCUUCCUUCCUCUAUUAGGUCGAUUCUGUGACUGGAUUUUGAUCCCCUCCUUGAUGCUUUGUACAAGAGCCUCACGAGAAUGGCUCUUGUUUAACUUUGCAAGCACUCUCUCUUGAUGGGCCUCAUAUUCAUCUCUACUGGGAUAGAUUUUUGAUAUCAGCAGAUCAAAAUUAGGAUCAGGUCGGAGAGAUCGCUUGGAUACUAGUUUUUUACGACAGAAAAGAGCAUAUGACUGUGACAAGUGACAAAAUUGUGCAUAACCACUAUUCCGAGAGCCGAAUUCACACUGUGGAUACGACAUUGUUGAAGCCAUUUUAUGCCGCUUUGUGGUUCACCAGACCUUUCUCGAAGCAGCAAUGGGGACUAUAUAUAACACGGCGGCCGGGAGAUGAGGCGGAGUACAGAUUACACUAGAGUAGAGUACAGUGGAGUAUAGUCCAGUCAGUGGCGCGACAUAGGAAUUGGUUAGACAUAAAUAGUGAUGUACAUAAAUGUUCUAUCUAGUCGAGUAAAAUAAAUUAUUGCAUUUCUUUUUGUGGAAUC